GAAAGGCCGUCUGCGACAAGCUCUAUAAGGUGGGGAUAGGCAGGGCAGGAACACCACGCACGGAGCUGGCAGGCAAGCGUGCGCGACGCAUGGUAAGCAGGAACGUAGCAACGGAGCAACCGCCGAAACAAGCGCUGCCCCAGCGCUGGCCGACCUACAAAUGCUUGCUGAGUCUUGACAACCUGCCCAUCUCGACCCCACCCACACUCCACCACCAUCGCACCCCUUCCACACUCGCAACUCUUCUCUGUGCUUUGGAACUUGCCUCACUGAUCAUGCACACCCUUUCCCUUCUGCUCGCUGCUUUGGUAGCGAGCGCAGCAGCUGCCCAAGUGCCGUUCACCCAAUAUGCUGAUGUAGCAUCGCCGGCAGCAGUUGGUGUGUCGGUGGAUGCUCAAGAGGCGUUCGCAGAUCCAAGCCAGGGCUUUCAGUCCGCAUCGCAAGGCCCGUUGCGAGUUGAGCUGCCAUUUGCAACUUCGUCCAGAAGCGACAAAGGAGCGUCGAUGACCGUAGAGCAGCUGAUCGCUCAGCAAGGCUCCAAGCACACUGUUCUGACCCACUCGGAGUUCCCAGAGAUCAGCGUCCGAAUCAAGCGUAUCUCUGCUGGCAAGAACAGUGGUCAGGUGUUCGGCGCCAAUGAGAGCUUUUGCGACCCUAGCGUGACCAGCUGGAGUGGGUACAUCGACACCAUCACGGGCAAGUCGCUCUUCUUCUACUUCUUCGAGUCUCGCAGCGAGCCAAGCAAGGACCCGCUCAUCCUCUGGACCAAUGGAGGACCCGGCUGCUCCUCUGCGAUCGGACUGUUCCAAGAACUCGGCCCUUGCCGCGUCAAAGACUCUGGGGGAACAGGCGCUCGCAUCGAUGGGCCACCCAUCAACGGCACGGAAGUCAACCCGUACGGGUGGAAUGCCAAGGCGAACGUCAUCUUCAUCGAUCAGCCGGUUGGUGUUGGCUACUCCUACGCGCGCUUCGGUGACUUGGUGUACGAUUCGGAUCAGGGGGCCAAGGAUCUAUACAAGUUCCUGCGCCUAUUCCUAUCUGCGUUUGACCGCUUCGUGGACAACGACUUCAUCAUGACUGGAGAAAGUUACGGCGGUCGAUACAUUCCACGCUAUGCUGCGGAAAUCGCUGAUCGCAACUUCGCCCUGGAGAACAAAGCUGCGCGUCACCACAAGAAACUUUCUCGCGGGGAAUUGAUCAACUUGAAGCGCGUGGCCAUCGGCAAUGGCUUAACAGACGACGUAGCGCAGACUCUGAGCUAUUACGACUUCACUUGCACCGCCAAGGGCGGCAACGAGCUAUAUCUCGACAUUCGCACCUGCAAGGAGAUGAAGUUUUGGAAGCAAAAAUGCGAGAAAUGGCUGCCACAUGCGUGCCGGGACUCGCACGACGUCGCCCUGUGCCAAAAUGCUUUUGACACGUGCUUGGAAAAGCUCGGGGGACCUUAUCAGCAAACGCUUAGAAACCCCUACAACGUCAACGAUGGCUGCGAGGUUGGCCUUGAGCCGAACUUGUGUUAUCCAAUCGUGGGAGAUAUCACUGCGUACCUGAAUCGCGAGGACGUGCGCGAAUUGCUCGGUGUUGCACCAGAAGCCGGCAAGUACACCACCUGCAAUGAAAAGGUGCACGAAGGCUUCGGGAAGAGUGGAGACUGGCUCGUAGAUAACACUCUCUACAUUUCUGGUCUCCUGGAGCGCGGCUACAAAGUUCUCAUCUACGUCGGAACACUUGAUUGGAUCUGCAAUUGGCUUGGUAACAAGGCAUGGGUCAUGAACAUGCCAUGGACUCACGCCGAAGAGUUCCAUAAAGCCAAAAAUUACCAAUGGCUUGUGGAUGGUCAUGAAUCUGGUGAAGUGCAGCAAGGUGGCAAUUUGACGUGGGCAACGGUUCUGGGAGCCGGUCACAUGGUUCCCUACGAUCGCCCCAAAGAGAGCCUUCAGCUUCUCCACCGCUGGCUCAACAAUGAACGCAUCUGAUCGCAGAAACUCGCUGGAGCUCAGUAAAUUGCGAAGGUCGACGAAGCGGCAAUGACAGCAUGGUCUACAAAGCAAGAGAAUUGCUGCCAUUCACAAUGUAGAUCGUAGAGAACCUUGAAACACAUGUGAGAUGGUCAGAUCUGGG